AUGUCGCGAGAAGUUGCCACGCCGACUUUCCAAGAGGCUCUCAAGCAGGAUAGGGCCCAGUUCGAUGACUGCACGCCAUGUCGAGUAGUGGGAAGCGUAACAUUCCUCGGACUCGGUUUAUUCACAUAUGUCUCCGGCCACUCGCAGCUCAAAGCGCAAGAAGCCGUGAUUCGGAAUAGCAAGAGCAUGUUUGGCAUGGCCAGCAGGAGGGCAGCCAUCACUAGCACCUCAGCCGUGUUCGUGGGCCUGGGCGUGUACAGAUGGUUUGCUUGA